UCGCCCCCCAAAAAUAUCUUCUUUCUUCCCCUGCUUGGCUAGGCUCCCCCCUCCCCCCUCCACCCACCCACCGCCGGAGUUAGCCCGGCAGGUAGAACUAGAUGAUACGGAGAUGGCGAGGGUAAGCCUGCUGAUCGGGUGAUUCGUCGGGGCUGGAUUGGAGCUGAGAGGUUCGGCUGGGUUGGGUUGAAUUUUUGGGCUUCUUGAUUGGGUUGGGGAUCCAAUCCGUCCAAUCCAAUCCAAGCCAUGGGGGAGGAGGCCGGCGGCUACGAUUUUGACUUCGGGGGAGGCAGGGGAGGAUAUGGCGGGUACGACGGGCGGGUGACGGAGUGGGAGACGGGGCUGCCGGGGUGCGACGAGCUGACCCCGCUCUCGCAGCCGCUGGUGCCGCCGGGGCUCGCCGCGGCGUUCCGCAUCCCGCCGGAGCCGGGGCGCACGCUCCUCGACGUGCACCACGCGUCCUCCGCCACCGUGUCCCGCCUCCGCUCCGCCUCCUCCGGCAACGGCCACGCCGGCACCGGCGCCAACGGCGCAUCCUUCCCCUCCUUCCCCGGCAAGGGGGCGGCGGCCGGGGACGACAGCGGCAACCGGGACAACAACUCUGCCGAGUCGGCCGGGGAGAAGUCGGCGGCGGCGAAGCGGGCGCGGCUGGUGUGGACGCCGCAGCUGCACAAGCGGUUCGUGGAGGUGGUGGCGCACCUGGGCAUCAAGAGCGCCGUGCCCAAGACCAUCAUGCAGCUGAUGAACGUGGAGGGGCUCACCCGUGAGAACGUCGCCAGCCACCUCCAGAAGUACCGCCUCUACGUCAAGCGGAUGCAGGGCCUCUCCAACGAGGGGCCCUCCGCCUCCGACCACAUCUUCGCCUCCACGCCCGUGCCGCCCAGCCUGCGCGAGCCCCAGGUGCCCCACGCCGCCGCCAUGGCCCCCGCCAUGUACCACCACCACCCCGCGCCCAUGGGCGGCGUCGCCGCCGGCCACGGCGGCUACUACCAGCAGCAGCACAGCGGCCACGCCGUCUACAACGGGUAUGGCGGCCACGGCCACGGCGGCGGCGUCUCCUCCUACCCGCACUACCACCACGGCGACCAGUAGGUGAAGAUAAAGAUCGAUCCAGAUUCAGUCAUCAACAGAUGCUCUGCUUCUCUCUGCUUGUGUGUUUGCUCCUGCUCAUCAGUCAGUCAACAGAAGUUGUAAUUGUAACCUGUAAUCAGUCGGUCAGUCAGUCCAUGAUCCAUCGUCAGUCUAGCAUAGGCCUGUGUGUGUGUCGAUCAGUCAAUCAGUUCACAGCUGCGGCUGGGCAUAAUUGUUAAGAAGAAGAAGAAGAAGAAGAACAUUAAUUAACAAGGGGAGCUGAAGUGAAGUUCCCGGGAUAAGAAGAAGAUUAGCAAUAAGAACAGUGUUACAGAGUGUGUGCUCUGUUUGUGUAUGUAUGUAAUACUGCUGCUGGAACUGCGAAUCUUGAACUGCUGCCCCCAUUCUGGGCAGUGGCAAGAUCAUAAUAUGAAGCCCAACAAGGGAAUUAGGAUUGUGAUUGAUAACCUA